AUGAAAAUGAAACAGUUCGUAGUCUUUACAUUCUUGUCGGUUUUGGUACAUCAGUAUUUUUGUGUAACCCUUCCUUCCACAUUCACAAAGUGCGAUACAAGAAAAAGUGACUUUCAUCAAUGUCUGUCGAAGGCUAUUCAAGACGCCAUAAGCCAGUUAGACAAACCCUUAGAAGAUUAUGGUUUACCAAAUCUAGAGCCUCUAGUGUCGAAAGACUUAGUCGUGGAAUUCGGGGAUGAAACCACUUGUAUGAAACAAAAAUUCACUAAUUUUAAAAUUCACGGUUUGACGAAAAUAAAUACAACAAAAGCAGAGGUUCAUUUUGAAAAUCAAUUCAUCUGGAUAAAUAUUACCUUUUUUGAACUAAUUUUCGAAUACAAUCACGAAAUGCGCGGCAAAGUUAUCGUGUUACCUAUAGAUGCAUCAGUAGUCGAAAGAGCAACUUUUAUCAAUCCAACGUUCAGAAUGAGGUACAAAUUUGAACAGUUCGUGAAGCAGAACCAGAGGUAUGACAGAGUUGUUGACAGUCAAUUGAUAAUGGAGGCACAAAAUCUAACCCUCGAUUAUGAUGGAAAUUUUUUUGAUAGUAAGCGUCUGAACGAAGAGAUUGUGGCUCAUUUUAACGAAAAAUGGCAAGAUGUUUUGAAAUUUUUUGAAGACACUUUUCCUCAGGUGUACGUAAAGGUGUUUGAGAAGAUAUUUAAUGAUUUCUUGGAUAAGGUUCCAUUUCGUGAAAUACUUGAUGGGUAA